UGUGUACGAUGUGACUCAUUUAAGGCCCUUGUUGACGUCAUCACAACAGCUGCCCUCAUCACAACACUAGCCUCCCUCAUCACAAUAAUUGCCGCCCUUAUAAAAAAAUAAAAUAAAAUGUUUAUUUAGAUCAAAUGGGAGGUGGACGUGAUUACAUCUGUGACCUUCUACCAAACAUUCACAGAGGGUUACAACUUCCACCAGAAGUGUCAGAAGCAUAUCAUGUUGUUGGAGAUUACCUCUAUUACCACUAUGGUUGUGAUGGAUUUGAUGACCGGGGCUGGGGCUGCGGAUAUAGGACACUCAUGACUUUGUGCUCGUGGAUACGAGGUCAGCUACGGAAGUCACAAGCAACUUCAAUCAGUUUACCACCUGUACCGUCCCACCAUCGCAUACAAGAAAUUCUUGUGGAGAUUGGAGAUAAAGAAAAGGAUUUUCUGAACUCUAAACAGUGGAUAGGCAGUGUUGAGGUUUGCCAUAUUUUAGAUACUGUUUAUGAUGUUCCAUGCAAAAUUAUUCAUAUAAAUAGUGGUAAAGAAUUGUAUGAAAAUAUAAACAGCUUGGUUGAUCACUUCAAGAUUAGAGGGUCACCGGUUAUGAUGGGUGGCAGUACUGACGUGUCGUCUAAGGGAAUUAUGGGUGUGUGCAAGAGCGCAACUCAAACUUACCUGCUUGUGGUGGAUCCACACUUUUGGGGUGAAGCUACAAAUGCAGCACUACUACAAGCCAGUGAAUGGGCUAAAUGGCAGCCUCUAAGUGACUUUAAUGAAUCCUCAUUCUAUAAUGUGUGUCUUCCACAGUGCACUGCCAUAGAAUUAAUAAAUAAAUAAAUGUUUGAAAAAUUGU